CCGAACGCAACGCAACAGCAUCGCCACUUCACCCACCAUUCGGUCGGCCUUUACAAAUUGCCGGUCGCUUCGCUCGCCGUGCAAACCAAGCCAGCGUCGGGCCAAGCCAACGCCGACCACCGAGGCGACCGGAGAAGCGCGGCGAGGUAGGCCCCGAUGGCGGCGGCGGCGGCAGCCGGAGCGGGCGCGGACGAGGAGGUGGACUUCGAGUUCUUCCCCAUCAUCCGCCGCUACAAGGGCGGCCGCGUCGAGCGGUUCAUGAACAUCCCCCCGCUCCCCGCCGGCACCGACCCCGCCACCGGCGUCACGUCCAAGGACGUCGUCGUCGACCCGGCCGUCGGCCUCUGGGCGCGCCUCUUCCUCCCGCCUGGCGGCGGUGCUCCCCAGGGUAAGCUCCCCGUCGUCGUGUACUACCACGGCGGGGCCUACGUCGUCGGCUCGGCCGCCGACCCGUUCACGCACUCCUACCUCAACGGCCUCGUCGCCGAGGCUGGAAUUCUCGCCGUCGCGCUGGAGUACCGCCUCGCGCCGGAGCACCACCUCCCCGCGGCGUACGACGACUCGUGGGAGGGGCUCAGGUGGGUGGCCUCCCACGCGAACGGCGGCGGCGGCGUCGAGCCGUGGCUGCUCGAGCACGGCGACUUCUCCCGCGUGUUCCUGGCGGGCGCCAGCGCCGGCGGCAACAUCGCGCACUACGUCGCCGCGCGCGCCGGCGAGCACGGCGGCCUCGGGCUCAGCAUCAGGGGCCUGCUCGUCGUGCACCCCUACUUCAGCGGCGCGGCGGACAUCUGCGCGGAGGGGACGACGGGGAAGGCGGAGAAGGCCAAGGCCGACGAGUUCUGGCGGUUCAUCUACCCGGGCUCGCCGGGGCUGGACGACCCGCUGUCCAACCCCUUCUCGGACGCCGCCGGCGGCAUCAGCGCGGCGCGCGUCGCCGCCGACCGCGUGCUGGUCUGCGUCGCCGAGAAGGACUCGCUCCGGGACAGGGGCGUCUGGUACUACGAGAGCCUCAAGGCCAGCGGCUACGCCGGCGAGGUGGACCUCCUCGAGUCCAUGGGCGAGGGCCACGUCUUCUACUGCAUGGAUCCGCGCUGCGAGAGAGCGCGGGAGAUGCAGGCGCGCAUCCUCAGCUUCCUCCGCAAGUGAAGCUCCUCCACGACGCGAAGGCUUCGCCAUGAUGGAAUAAUUCUGGCGCUUUGUGAUGCCGCCAUUGUUGAGCUCGAGGGCUCCUGUAGCUUGUCGCUCGUCAGUUCAGGCAUCUUUUGUGCCAAUUGACGAUCUUAUUCUUCAAGAGUUGGAAAUCAUCGAACAAAUUGGAAAUUUCUAUUCGAAUCAUCAAUCAGUUAUCAUAUAAGAAUAAGUUGCAUUUUGCACCA